AUGUUUACACGACAGAAUUAUCUUCUUGAUAUUUCCGACACAAGAUUCGCAACCGAUCAAGAAUUCUACUAUUUCACGUGGUUCCAGAAUCAUGUAGUUUUGGACGUUGCCCCGGAUUUUCACACGGUCGAGUGGAGUACUUCAAUAUUGCAGGCUUGUGACAGGCUCCUGCCGGUCAGGACUGCAGCUAUUGCUCUCGCUGCAUUGGCAAAGGCUUCUCAGUCGAGCAAAACUGCGAGGAAACAGAAAACUGCAUCAAUGCCAUCGGUGGAUGUUACGAGGGAGGCUUUAAACCACCAUGCCUUCGCUCUUCGGUGGUAUCAGAAGGCAAUCAGAAGCAUGCGUGGAAGCUUUGAGCAUGAAAAUCCGAGCGUGAGAACAAUCAUAAUAUACUGCAUAAUUACAGCUUGUUUCGAUUCGGCUCACGGCGAUCAAGACGCAGCAACAGCACAGAUCCGCACUGGUAUCAUGGCGUUGAAAGACUGGAGACUUGAUCCUCGGAAAUCAUGGAACAGGUCGAUUUCUCUAUCAAGCGGUCGGGACUCAUUGACUGUGGAUGAUUGCCUCGUUCAGUCAAUGACACGUAUGGAAACACAGUUGAUGGCUAUUCGGGUUCCUAGCUCUGCCAGAGCUUAUGUUAGCCUUCUCUACGACAAAGUGGAUUUGAUAAACAGCAUCCCGCAUUCUUUCGGGGGUAUUGAGAAUGCCAGGAAAUCACUUGACUUAAUUGUCCAGCGCACCAUGAACUUCAACCGUCCUCCAGUUCCAGUAGAUCCAGAAUCUGCUCAACAACUUCCAAUCAACCCCAUUAGUCCUAUUGGACCGCAUACAAUGGCAGUACAAUGUGUCUUUGCUCCUCCUCCCGAGUCUAGAAUGUUUCCACAGGGAUACACUCAUCCAAGAAAUCAUUUCUUCGAUGUAUCACACAAAAUUUUAAACAACGCACAUCUUCAAGAAUAUCCAGAUAUGGAGCCCGAGUUAGCAGCUCACGAUGCCUAUUUAGACACUUGGGCGAUGAGUUUUACCCCUCUUCUCAAAUCCUCGAUCGAGAGCGGCGGGCAGGAAGCAAUUCGUUCCCUCACAUUAUGGAUAGAAAUGUACAGCGCGAAGCUCUUCCGGUCAUUUGCCUUCAAGUCAGAAAUGGAGUACGACGCCUUUUUUCCCCAUUUCCAAAACAUUGUCAGUAACGCCUCCCUGCUCCAACAAGUCCGCGAAAGUUUACCUCAUUCCCAUAAAUCCCAAUCCAUCUUAUCGAAAUCCCGAUUGACGUCAAAUCAUAACUCCGCCCAAAUAAAUUCAUCAGAGGAAACAAGUCUAGGCUUCUCUUUCGAGCUUGGAAUUCUUCCCGCCCUUCAGAUGACAGCAAUGAAAUGCCGGGAUGGACCAGUAAGAAGGGAGGCGUUGAGACUCAUGGAAAAACAUGAUCGGAGAGAAGGAAUUCAUGAUAGUCAUGUUAUGGCGGGGAUUGCGAGAUGGGUCAUAGGUCUUGAGGGGCAGCUGGAGAGUAAUGCGAAUGAGGAGGACGUUGUGCCAGUUGAGAGAAGAACUACGCAUUUGUUUCUAGAUUUCGACUGGCUGAAGCGCGAGGUAUACAUGAGGUGCCUGAUGCCAGGUAGCACAGGUUGGUGGCUUAUGAAGGCGGGGUCUUUUGUCUGGUAA